AUGUCUGGCGCCGAAGCGCUUGCGGUUUUUAGCAUUGUGUGCAAUGUCAUGCAAGUGAUUGGUUUCGUGCAAAAUGGAGCCCAUAUGGCUAAAGCAAUCUAUAAAACGGGAUCUCUGGAUUCUGACCUUGGACAGACAACCGAUUACAUAAAAGGAGGCUUGGAGAGAUUGAAGACUUCUUUGGAGAAUGGUAGAAUUCUUGUUAAAGACGAGGAGGAGUUGUUAGAAAUUGCGAACGGCAGUCUGGAGACUGCAAAGGAGUUAAAAGCCGAGCUAGACAAGAUCGCAGGCACAGUAGCCAAAGGAAAACAUUCCGCAGCCUUACGUGGAUGGUUCAAAGCUGCCCUGGGUGGGAAAAGGAGGAUCGAGAGACUGGAGAAAGUGAUGCAAAAUCGUCAGCAGAUUCUGGAGAAUCGACUCAUAGUUCGCAUCUGCAACAAGAAUGACGCACUCCUCCUUGAACAGCAAGUCAAUUUUGACAGACUCGACCGCGCAUUAAAAGGUUUCAUUGAAGGCUGUGCUCGAAACCAGACAACUCUUGACCAGCUCAUUCAGAGAGGGUUUCUUACCGUGACGAGACAUAUCGAUGGCAAGAUAGAAGCUCUUGAGCAAUCAGUGGAAGCCAGCUUUUCCUCCGGGACAAACCAGCUCCAGAACAACAUUUCAUCUCGUUUACAAGAGUUUACACUAAAUCAGUUUGAAAAAGAAGAGCAUGAAAUGCUAUUGGGGAGCCUGAAAUAUGAGACGAUGAACGUUCGGCGGAAUCAUAUUAUGGAUAAUUACGACGAUACCUUUUCCUGGAUCUUCCAUCCUCAACAUGGCAAGAGCGAAUCUAAUAAUCAGGAUGGAUUUGUGGAUUGGCUGCAAUUCUCUAAGCAACGACUUUACUGGAUCAGUGGCAAAGCAGGAUCGGGAAAGAGCGUUCUGAUGAAAUUUCUAGUCAACAAUCCGCGCACCCAAUCCAUCCUUAAUAAUGCAAACAGAACUACCAUUGUCUUAUCCCAUUUUCUAUGGGCUGUAGGGCAGUCACUUGACCGAAAUAUGCAAGGACUCCUUUGCUCUUUGAUCCACCAAAUCUUAACCACGAAGCCAGAUCUCUGUCAGGUCGUCUGGGAGAAGGUUCCUGCCUCAAGGCAGAAGAGAUUUCCCGGCGAUUGGUCCACCAUCGAACUCCGUACUGUUUUUGUUCAUGUGAUUUCGGCCUGUGAACAGCAUGUUUGCAUCUUCUUGGAUGGUCUUGACGAAAUGAACGAGUACAUGGCGCUGGUCGACCUUCUGGAUCAACUAUGUGCUCUGCCGCGCCUACAAAUCUGCGUCUCGAGCCGACCAGAGCCCGCAUUGCAACGAUACUUUCGCAGCUACCCCCAGCUUCAAGUGCAGGAUUUGACCCGACUCGACAUCCUAAAGUACGCUUACGAUACUCUGCACGGAGUAUUUCUAUGGGUCGCUUUAGCCCUGAAGAGCGUGCAAGUAGGGUAUGAAAACCACGACGACCCCGCCGAGAUGGAACUCCGUCUGGAAGUGCUCCCCAACGAUCUCGACACACUCUACCAACAGAUGUGGCGACGGCUCAACGACAGCGAGGCUGUCUAUCGGGAAACAGCAGCUCGGUAUUUCAACCUCAUGUUGGAAUGUAUAAAUAAUCAAUAUCUCACCCAGGCAGCAAGCCCGUUGCUCCUGGCUCUAGCUCUGCAUCCAUCGAUGGCAGCCGCCCUUGUGACACAGGAAAUCGGAUCCUUGGAAGAGGCACUAUAUAGGGAAUGCGAGAUAAUAUCAAUGCGGUUGCCGAUCCGAUGUGCUGGCUUACUGGAAGUGACUCCGGAUGGGACUGUGACGUUCAUACAUCGGUCCGCGCAGGAAUUUCUCAUGAACACGACAGAGGGCCAACGCAUACGCCGUGCAGACCCAUCACCACGGGAGACCCAUCGUCUGAACCUCAUGCGUGGAUUUCUUGGUUGUUGCAGACUGGUGAUAGAAGGUAAGACACAGACGCUCUCUCACCGUUUCCUCACCCUCUGCCCACCCACCGUCCACGAGUUCAGAAGCGCGAGUAUAUUCUUUGAAUCGUGCCGCAACUAUUUAUCUCCAGAAAGUAUUGACAAUUUGUUCGGCCUGGCACAAUCGCUCUAUUCAACGGGGAAAUGGAUCUAUGAUAAUUCCUUCUACCUGCAGCCGGAUUUCUUGGGCGCGAUCGCCCGUAAGGGCUUCUUUGCUCAGGCUCGAGCCGGAUUUGCCCGGCUCGCCCGCGCUGCUCUGCGGGGCAGGGAGAUUUCGAGUCUCUAUCAAGCAUAUUUCCUUGAAUCUAUGAUUGACGCAGUCAAAUGGGGUGAAGUGAAAAUGUCCACCCAGGAUCUUGCUUUCGUUUGCACGCUUGGCAGCACGUCUUCCACCCAACAUGCCAGACAUAGCACUUUCAACUUUAAUCAAUCAAUUACUGGUACGGUUGGAGAACAGAACCCUCCAUUCUAUCUCGCCCAGGAUCCAUUAGAGCUUCUUCUGGAAAAUUUCUUUGAUGAAGCUAUACCCCUAGGAAGAUGCGACUCUCUGGAUCUUAUGAUAAGUCUUCUCGAAGGGGGUUAUAACCUCUCCAAACGGAAAAUUAUCUUACUUACGGCCUCUUCACCCGACCUGUUAGACAUAUUUCAAAUCCAUUACAGCUAUUCAAAAUUCUUGCCAGGAGGAACAUUGUUCAUUGAAGUGAAUACAUCCUUUCUUCUAACUCUGUUUGUACGGCUGCUAGCUAGCCAGCAGUCACUCUUCCUUUAUAUUGUCAAUUUUCCUGCGUUGUUUGAAAGACUGAAAACUGCGGUUAAACUCUCGACUACACUGGAGUUUUCACGGCUGCUUGCCUUCAUUCCAGAGGAUACCAGAGCUGAUGAUAUACAUCCCGAAACCAGGUCUGCUGAGGAAGAUUCCCAGGAUGUUGAUGGCGGAUAUGGAGGCUCCGAGUAUGAGCAGUCUGAUGAGGAAUAUGUUGGGAGUGAGGAGGAUUAUGGCAGUGAUUAUUACGACAGUAACGACUCGGAACGGAGAGCCUGGGCCAACUCCACAGAAGCGCUCAUCCCUUCUACUGAAGACGAUAGCAAUGCUAUUCUUACCGCCCUAUCCGGCGAUAUCUUUACCUCCGUUACACUUGAUGAUGGCCGCCUGUUCGGGAAGCUGAAGUUUCCCGACCUUGAGUCCAGGCUUCGGCAGAUCUUGCCAAAUGCCAGACAUUCCACGGUACAAAAGCUGGAAGAAGACUUAAUUCAAGAUGGGUUUCUGGUGCCAUGGAGCCUCGGACCGGAACUCUGGCCACCCGAGGUUUAUUCAGAUAAUCCUGCGUGCGAGGAGGUUGAGGCGUUGGCGUGA